GGACUCGGAAUUCUUCGACCCUCUGGGCCGGACCGCUCGGGGACUCGGCCCUGUUCGGGCGGACUCGGAUUCCCCCACCCGAUCUGUCAGGUAUCGCUUCGGGCCGCGCUUCUACGGACUCGGCCGGGCUCAUCUGAGCCCUGCCUUGGGAUUGGCCGGCCGCACGAAACGCGGGCCCCGCUGGUCGGGAACCGCCGUUCGCCUUCCAACGAGGCCUGGAAAGACUCGGGACACUUCGGGCACCAUCGGAAGCGGUUCGGAACCGCUCGAUUCUGCCCGGGGAGCACAUUCGUAAGCGCUCGGGCGAGCUCGGCACCGCUCGGCAGACCGCCGAAAAGCGCACAAGUGACCUGGGGGGACCGACCCCCGCCCCCCCGCCAACCUCGCAGCCCUCUCCCGCCCCAGGGACCCUCUCCAGCGGCGUCCGCGGAGGGAAGCGGCGGGUGUUGGGGCCCGCUAGGGCCAUUCGGCUCCCCCGCCGCCGCCGGCCGCCUCGCAUGGAGGACGCCGACUCGGCGGCGAAGCAGCUGGGCUUAGCGGAAGCGGCGGCAGUGGCGGCGGCGGCGGCGGCUGCGGCAGCCGCAGAGGAACCCGAACAGCAGCGGCAGCCGCAGGAAGCCGCGGCCUCGAAGGCGGAGCCCGAAGAGGAGGAGGAGCAGGCGGCGGCGCAGGUGACGGUGAUGGCGGCAGAUGCCGAACACAUCGAGAUGGGAGCUGAGCCCCUGCCUAACGCCGACGAGGCCGCAACCGCCUUCGCAGAAGUCACCACAGUGACAGUAGCCAACGUUGGUGCCUCGGCAGACAAUGUUUUCACCACAUCUGUGGCAAAUGCAGCUUCAAUUUCAGGCCAUGUGCUGUCUGGGAGGACAGCCCUCCAAAUUGGGGACAGCUUGAACCCUGAGAAAGCCACUCUCAUAGUGGUUCACACAGAUGGCAGCAUUGUGGAAACCACAGGGUUGAAGGGGCCAUCAGCACCUCUCACACCAGGACCACAGUCUCCUCCUACCCCUUUAGCAUCUGUCCAGGGGAAGACUGGAACCAAGUACAACUGGGACCCAUCUGUGUAUGAGAAUGAGCUCCCAGUGAGGUGCAGGAACAUCAGUGGCAUUCUCUAUAAGAACAGACUUGGCUCAGGAGGCCGUGGGCGGUGCAUUAAGCAAGGCAACAACUGGUACAGCCCCACGGAGUUCGAGGCCAUGGCGGGGCGAGCCAGCAGCAAGGACUGGAAGAGGAGCAUCCGCUAUGCUGGCAGGCCUCUGCAGUGCCUUAUUCAUGAUGGGAUUUUAAAUCCUCAUGCUGCCUCUUGCACUUGUGCUGCCUGCUGUGACGACAUGACUCUGAGUGGCCCUGUCCGACUCUUUGUGCCCUAUAAAAGGAGGAAAAAAGACAAUGAGAUGCCUGCAACCCCAGUCAAGAAGGAUUGCCCCAAAAACAUCACUCUGCUUCCUGCCACAGCUGCCACUACCUUCACUGUGACUCCUUCUGGGCAGAUCACUACCUCUGGUGCCCUGACCUUCGACCGCACCUCCACGGUGGAAGCCACAGCAAUCAUCUCAGAGAGCCCAUCCCAGGGGGAUGUUUUCACUGGAGCCACUGUUCAGGACACCAACGUGCAGCAGCCUUGCCGGGUCAGUCACCCCGAGCCUCACUACCCCAGCUACCAGGAGAACUGCCAGAUCUCACCUUUUCCUGAGGCUGCUCUGCCAACAGCUCAUCCCAAAAUCGUGUUAACCUCGCUGCCUGCCCUGGCAGUGCCCCCCACCACCCCCACCAAAACCGUCUCGCCCUCGGUGGUGAGCAGGCUGGAGGUGACGGAGCAGCGGAGCUGGCUGUACCUGGAGGAGACUGUCAGCUCCUUGCUCACCACAGCCCAGCAGCUGAAGACUCUCAUUGAGCAGGCCAAGCAGGCCAGCUCCUCCUUCCGUGAGGCUGCUGUCACACAAGCCAAGCUCCAGGCUGAUGUAGAGAGGAAAGAGCAAUAUCAGAACCAGUUGUUUCAACCCACAGAAGAUGUGGAUGGCAAAACAGAAAUCAUCAUCAAGCAGUCCUGUGUCAACUGCGGCCGGGAGGCGACCAACGAGUGCACAGGAUGCCACAAGGUCAACUACUGCUCCACCUUCUGCCAGAGGAAGGACUGGAAGGACCACCAGCACAUCUGCGGGCAGUCGGCCACGGUGACGGUGCAGGCGGAGGAGGUGCACGUCCCGGGCGGCGUGAUGGAGAAGACUGCGAAGCCUCACCUGCAAGACGUGGAUCUGCCUGACUGCAGCCCAGCGGCUGGGAAGCACCCCUUGGCCCGAGGAAGCUCUGAGGUGUCCAGGCUGGAAUCUCCACCAUGUGGAUAACAGUGAUCAUCUCAUCUGCCUCAGGAUGGACCUCAGCAGGUGCUGCAGUGAGACCUGCCCUGUGUUCCCUCCCCCUUCUGCCUCCCUACCUCUUGUUUGCUAAAAGAAACACACUUUGGUUUGGGUUAUUUAAUGGCUUUGAAAGGAUCACUACAAGUUCCUGGUGUGCCAUGGGAAGGACUUCUGGGGUUCAUCUCUUGUGUUCCCUCUGUACUGAGCAGUUUUGGCACAGGGAGGAGCUUCUGCACCUGAAUAAAGAAUGACACAUUGGUGAACAAAAUGGGCUGAGAGCA